AUGCGGGCCUUUCUUCUUGCAUCGCUUGCGUCGCUUCCUGCGGUCAACGUCUACGCACAUCCCACCCACAACUCGCGUGGACUCACGCGACGAGCUGUUGACCUUGAUGCGUUCCGCCCCAAGGUCCCGACUUCUUACACGAAUGCCACAGCUGUUCAAGCUGACCCCGAAAUCCCUACUCUUGCUAGGCGUGCGGAUCCGGAACAGGUUGCCAGCGAGCUGGUAGCAAAGAUUCUCCCUGACGCUCAAUUUCGCCUUGUAAGCGACCACUAUGUCGGCACAAACGGCGUUGCCCACUUCUACUACAAGCAGACUGUCCAUGGUCUUGACGUUGACAGUGGUGACUUCAACGUCAACAUUGGCAAGGAUGGAAACGUCUUCUCCUUUGGAAACUCUUUCUACAAGGGCAAACUCCCUGCAGCACCUACCUUGAAGCGUGACACGGAAGCAGCAGCCAACGCCCUCCGUUCCGCAGUCAACGUCCUUUCGCUUCCCAUGUCUGCUGAGUCCGCCACUGCCGUACCCAAGGAAGGAUCUGAUGCCUUCACUAUCACGCAAACCAGUGGAGCCGUCAAGGAGCCAGAAGCACGCCUCGUCUACGUUCAAGAUGCCUCGGGCAACCUCAAGCUCGCCUGGAGAGUCGAGACUGACAUUCAGAGCAACUGGCUCUUGACAUACGUGGAUGCUGAAGAUGGUAGCCAAGUUCACGCUGUUGUCGACUACGCGGCAGAAGCCACCUAUGAAGUCUACCCCUGGGGUAUCAGUGACCCAACAGAGGGCGAGCGCGUAGUCCUAACAGACCCAUUUGACCGCCAGGCCAGUGAAUUUGGCUGGCACUCUGACGGCACUACUGAGUUCAACACCACGCGUGGGAACAACGGUCUGGCCCAUACCAACUGGGAGAACUUGUCCUCCGGCUACCUCAACUUCCCCAGGCCCUCGAGCGCGGAUCUCAAGUUUGAGUACCCCUACUCCCUCGAGGAGACCGACUACAAAGCCUACGCAAAUGCUUCCAUCACCCAGCUCUACUACACUUCCAACGCCUACCACGACCUCUUGCACACCCUGGGAUUCAACGAGCGCGCCGGAAACUUUGAAAUCAACAACAACGGUGCCGGCGGCCGCGGUGGCGACUUAGUCUACCUCAACACACAGGAUGGCGGCGGCGUCAACAACGCCAACUUUCUUACUCCACCCGAUGGCCAGCCCCCUCGCAUGAGAAUGUUCAUCUGGACCAAAACCAGCCCGUCUCGUGACAGCAGCUUCGACGCCGGCGUCGUCAUUCACGAGUACACCCACGGCCUCUCCAGCCGCCUUACCGGUGGCCCCGCCAACGCUGGCUGUCUGAGCUCGAUCGAAUCCGGUGGCAUGGGAGAGGGCUGGAGUGACUUCUACGCCACUGCCAUCCGUCUCAAGCCUGCCGACACCCGCGCAACCGACUACCCCAUGGGCGCAUGGAUCGAGGGUGACUCACGCGGUAUCCGCAACUUCCUCUACUCCACCUCGAUGGAGACCAACCCCCAGGUCUACACCAACGUCGACCAGUACAUACGCGUCCACCCCAUUGGCAACAUCUGGGCCUCGAUGCUGUACGAAGUCCUGUGGAACCUCAUCGACAAGCACGGCAAGAACGACGCCGCGAAGCCUGACUUUGAUGCCAACGGCGUCCCAACCGAUGGCAAGUAUCUGACUAUGAAGCUUGUCUUGGAUGGAAUGGCGCUGCAGCCUUGCAACCCUACGUUUGUGUCGGCGCGCGAUGCGAUUAUUGAUGCGGACAAGGCUCUUACCGGAGGUUCGAAUGCUUGUGAGAUUUGGCGUGGGUUUGCGAAGAGGGGACUUGGUGCGGGCGCGAGGUAUGAUCCUACCACAAGGACGGACAGCUUCGAACUUCCUGAAGGUGUCUGCUAG